UUGAAAACGCGCGGUUUUCUAUUGACAUUCCUGUUUUCCAUGAUCUUUUGAUUUGUUUCAGAUGGUUUUCAGUUUCAUAAAUAUAAAAUAAACUUCCAGUGCUAUUAAUGAACUGAGUUAAACGAAGCCUAACCCCACAGUUGCUGAAAAUGAGUGACGACGACAUAACAAUCAUGGAAGUGGACGAAGCGGAACCUAGGCCGAGUAAGCCGGCGGCCGGGCCGAGCAAGACCUCGUCCACUCUGCCGUGGAUAGAGAAGUACCGGCCGCAGACGUUCAACGACAUAGUGGGCAACGAAGACACCGUGUCGAGGCUGGCGGUGUUCGCCCGCACGGGCAACGCGCCCAACAUCAUCAUCGCGGGCCCGCCCGGCGUGGGCAAGACCACCACCAUAUUGUGCUUGGCGCGCGCACUGCUCGGGCCCGCUUUCAAGGAUGCCGUUCUUGAGCUGAACGCCUCCAACGACCGCGGGAUCGACGUUGUACGGAAUAAGAUCAAAAUGUUUGCACAACAAAAGGUGACCCUGCCUCCGGGAAGGCACAAGAUAGUGAUCCUGGACGAGGCGGACAGCAUGACGGACGGGGCCCAGCAGGCGCUGCGCCGCACAAUGGAGCUGUACUCGAGCACCACACGUUUUGCCCUGGCCGCUAACAACAGCGAGAAGAUCAUUGAGCCCAUACAGUCCCGCUGUGCCGUGCUGCGCUACACCAAGCUCACAGAUGCACAGAUACUGGCCAAGGUGAUAGAGGUGUGCGACGCGGAACGCCUCACGUACACGGAAGAGGGGGUGAGCGCGGUGGUGUUCACGGCGCAGGGCGACCUGCGCGCGGCGCUCAACAACCUGCAGGCGGCGGCGCAGGGCGGCGGCCACGUGAGCCCCGAGCGCGUGUUCAAGGUGUGCGACGAGCCGCACCCCAUGCUGGUGCGCGGCAUGCUGGAGGCGUGUGCGCGCCAGGACAUGCACGCCGCCUACAAGGUGAUCGCCAAGCUGGUGAAGCUGGGCUACGCGGCGGAGGACAUCGUGAGCAACAUCUUCCGCGUGUGUAAGACGCUGGACGUGGCGGAGGAGCUGAAGCUGGGCUUCGUGCGCGAGAUCGGCGAGACGCACAUGCGCGUGGCGGACGGGCUCGCGUCGCCGCUGCAGCUGGCGGCGCUGCUGGCGCGCAUGUGCCGCGCCGCCGCCCACUGAACGCCGUGCUCUAGCUAUUCACGAGCGCGCAUCAACUUUACAUAUUGUGGUUAAGUCGGGUACAAACGUAUUGUGUGUGCAUGCCAGUUGGAGCAAUCACUCGCGAACUAACACUGGAAACCUACAUAUUUACUUGUACUGGUAGGAGUGAAAUGCAACUUGCUUAGUUAAUGUGUGAAACUUGAGAAAAUAGCCAGUUACUGUGACAGAGUUUUUAUUUUUGUAGUGAGUAAAAUGCGAAAUACUCAAAAGUAUACUGUCAUGGUGUUCUAGAAAACGGUGCUUAAAGUUGUCUUCUAACAUUUUGUGUUUAUACCAUUGAUUCUCUUGGUUUUGACUUGAUAAAAAGAUAGCUCGUUUAAUGAACAUUCCAUAAAUGUAAUGAAUAAAUAAUUGAAAUAUCUGAGUGACUGCAGUCUCCAUUGCCACACCUAUAACCAGCAGCGACGAUAACUCAUUAGUCAAGUGCGGUUUGCGUGAUGCAUGAACAAAUACAAGUGAUAGGAAGUGAAGUGCCUGAACUUUGUGACAAAUCAUGUUUUUGAUAGAAUUGUGCAGAGAAUGUUAAACAUUGUGAUUUUGUUGAAAAAUAAAACUUUUUUUAAA